AUGGGCAGAGAAAAGGAAUUACAGCGGAUUCCUGCUACUGUCUCGGUGCUCGGCCACCCCACGCCCGACCUGCGCGACCUGUACGCGCUGGGCCGCAAGCUCGGGCAGGGCCAGUUCGGCACCACCUACCUCUGCACCGACCUCGCCACGGGCGCCAACUACGCCUGCAAGUCCAUCUCCAAGCGCAAGCUCAUCACCCAGGAGGAUAUCGACGACGUGCGCCGCGAGAUCGAGAUCAUGCACCACCUCUCCGGCCACAAGAACAUCGUCACCAUCAAAGGCGCCUACGAGGACCAGCUCUACGUGCACAUCGUCAUGGAGCUCUGCGCGGGCGGCGAGCUCUUCGACCAAAUCAUACAGCGCGGACACUACGGGGAGCGCAAGGCCGCCGAGCUCACCCGGAUCAUCGUCGGGGUCGUGGAGGCCUGCCACUCGCUCGGGGUCAUGCACCGCGACCUCAAGCCCGAGAACUUCCUCCUCGCCAACAAGGACGACGACCUCUCGAUUAAGGCCAUCGAUUUCGGGCUCUCCGUCUUCUUCAAGCCCGGUCAAAUUUUCACCGAUGUUGUCGGAAGCCCAUAUUAUGUUGCCCCAGAAGUGCUGUGCGAGAAAUAUGGACCAGAAGCUGAUGUAUGGACCGCUGGUGUAAUUCUCUACAUUCUACUGAGUGGUGUACCCCCAUUUUGGGCAGAGACACAGCAAGGAAUAUUUGAUGCUGUAUUGAAAGGUGUCAUUGAUUUUGACUCUGAGCCAUGGCCUGUGAUUUCUGAUAGCGCAAAAGAUCUGAUAACAAGAAUGCUCAAUCCUUGCCCUGCGGAACGCUUGUCAGCACAUGAAGCUCUAUGCCAUCCAUGGAUUCGUGAUCAUGGAGUUGCUCCUGACCACCCUCUUGACACAGCUGAGCUGGAGAAGAUGGCCUUGCGGAUAAUAGCUGAGAGCCUGUCAGAGGAGGAAACUGAAGGGUUGAAGGAAAUGUUCCAGACUAUGGACGCUGAUAACAGUGGUGCAAUUACGUAUGACGAGCUCAAAGAAGGCUUGCGAAAAUACGGCUCCACACUGAAGGAUACCGAGAUACGUGAUCUUAUGGAAGCGGCGGAUGUGGACAACAGCGGAACGAUUGACUAUAUAGAGCACGAGGAACAUCUAAAGGCAGCCUUUUCAUAUUUUGACAAAGAUGGAAGUGGCUACAUCACAGUGGAUGAACUGCAGAAGGCUUGCCUGCAGCAUAACAUGCCAGAUGCUUUUCUUGACGACGUCAUUAAAGAAGCCGGCCAGGACAAUGAUGGCCGCAUAGACUAUGGAGAAUUUGUUGCCAUGAUGACCAAAGGCAAUAUGGGGGUGGGGCGAAGAACAAUGAGAAACAGCCCGAAUAUCAGCAUGAGGGACGCACCUGGUGCAAUCUAGACUUCCACGAUGUACAGCCUUUAGCUUCUUCCUGCCUUCCGGCUCUGUGUGGAUGUGUGUUUCUGGGGAUUCUGAUUUAGCUCGUCAAUUGAUUGGAUGAAAUGCAUACUAAGCUGGGUUGAUACGAUCUCACACGUUGCUGCUGCUUAAUCCCUGCAAUUGUUCAGUGAAUUACCUUGCACUAUACAUCUACCUGGAAUCGUUAACUCUUGAAA